CCUGCUGCAAUAAUUGUUGCUUGGGCCAAGACUGGGGCAGAUAUAUUUUCUCCCGUGCUGUAGCGCCGUUCGGUCAUAGAAAGUGUUCAAUUUUUCGGCCGUUCCUCUGAAUUUGGUGCCGUCCGGUGCAACUGUGGUGACCUGGUUGCCCCUGCACCCCAAUUCCCGUGGUUACACACGUUCGCCCCUCUGGUCUAUUGUACCCGUUGCAGCCGUCGUAGUGUGUGUGUGUGUGUGUUUGUGAGUGUGCGUGUGUCGCUCUUGCUGUCCCGGUGUGUCACUGUCGUCGUCGUGGUACAUGGUGUGGUGUGAUCAGUAGUUCCAAACGCCGCUAGCUCCCGUACGGACUCGUUUUGCUCCUGAUCGCAAAGGUAUAGAAAGUGUGUUCCAACAGUCCCGUAGUGAAAACAGAAAAGUUCUGCCGAGCAGCAACGUUGCCCUACGGAACGCAAAAUGAGUGCCGCUAAUGUCCCCGCCGCCGCCGCCAACCCUGCUCCACCGCCCGUGCUGAAGAAAGGCAUCGUGAAGCAGAUUCUUUCCGGUGAUUCGCUGAUCCUGCGCGAUAAACCCGUCAAUGGACCGCCACGAGAGAAGCAGCUUAAUUUUGCUGGCAUCGUCGCACCGAAGCUUGCCCGCCGACCAACCAACGGAUCGAGUGACGGUUCGAGGGAUCAACCCUAUGCCUGGGAGUCCCGCGAGUACCUGCGCCAGCGUCUGAUCGGGCAGGAGGUGUGGUUCUACUCGGAGAAGCCGCCGAACGCGAACCGCGAGUACGGCUACGUGAAGCUCGGCAAGGAACCGAACGCGGAAAACAUCGUCGAGUCGAUCGUGUCGGAGGGUUUGGUGACGGUGCGCCGCGACAACGUGCGCCAGACGCCCGAGCAUGCCCGCCUGAUCGAGCUGGAGGAUGCGGCCCGGCGCGCCCGGAAGGGCCUCUGGAGCGAUGCGCCCGAGGGCGAGCACGUGCGUAACAUCGUGUGGAACAUCGACAACCCGAAGCAGUUCGUGGACCAGCACGCCGGCCAGCUGAUCAAGGCGAUCAUCGAGCACGUGCGGGACGGUUCGACGGUCCGCGCCUUCCUCAUGCCGAACCCGCGCGUCUUCCAGCACGUCACGCUCAUGAUGUCCGGCAUCCGCUGCCCGGGCUUCAAGCUGGACGCGGAGGGCCGGCCGGACAACACGACCGAGGUGCCGUACGCGGACGAGGCCCGCUUCCACGUGGAGUGCCGGCUGCUGCAGCGCGAGGUGAAGGUGCGGCUCGAGUCGAACAGCAACACCAACUUCCUCGGCACGAUCCUGUGUCCGGAGGGUAACAUUGCCGAGUCGCUGCUGCGCAACGGGUUCGCCAAGUGCGUCGAGUGGAGCAUACCGUACGUGAAGGAGGGCAUCGACCGGCUGCGCGCGUGCGAGCGGGAAGCGAAGGCCGCCCGGUUGCGGCUGUGGAAGGACUACAAGCCGCCGGCGGCGUUGGCCAACACCAAGGACAAGGAGCUGGUCGGCACGGUGAUGGAGGUGUACAACGGCGAUGCCGUGCUGGUGAAGGUCGGCACGGUGUCGAAGAAGGUGUUCUUCUCGUCGAUCCGUCCGCCGCGCCCGAAGGAGGACGAUGGUCCGCGGGCGAAGAACUCGCGCCCCCUGUACGACAUUCCCUACAUGUUUGAGGCGCGCGAGUUCCUGCGCAAGAAGCUGAUCGGCAAGCGAGUGACGUGUACGCUCGACUACGUGGCGCCGGCCCGCGACAACUACCCGGAGAAGUACUGCUACACCGUGCGCCUGGACGACCAGAACAUCGCUGAGGCAAUGCUUGAGCGGGGCCUCGCCACGGUGAUCAACUACCGCCAGGACGAUGAGCAGCGCUCGCCCGAGUACGACAAACUGCGCGCCGCCCAGGAGCAGGCGAUCAAGGGCCAGAAGGGUAUGCACGCGAAGAAGCAGACGCCGUCGCAUCGCAUCAAUGACCUGACCACGGACCAUUCCCGCAUCAAGCAUCACUACCUGCCGUCCUGGCAGCGUGCCCUGCGUACCGAGGCGCUGGUCGAGUUCGUGGCGAGCGGUUCCCGCCUCCGGCUCUACUGCCCGAAGGAAAGCUGCCUGGUCACGUUCCUGCUCGCCGGCAUCAGCUGCCGCCGCUCGUCCCGCCCGGCGAUCGGUGGUGCCCCGGCCCAGGAAGCGGAACCGUACGGCGAUGAGGCGCUCCAGUUCACGCGCGAGAAGGUGCUGCAGCGGGACGUGAGCGUGAAGAUCGAAACGACCGACAAGCAGGCGACGAGCGUGAUCGGCUGGCUGUUCACCGACCACAACGUGAACCUGUCGGUCGCCCUGGUCGAGGAGGGUCUGGCUGAGGUGCACUUUACCGCGGAAAAGUCCGACUACUAUCGCGUGCUGCGCGAUGCGGAGGCGCGCGCCAAGGCCCAGCGCAAGAACAUCUGGAAGGAUUACGUCGAGAAGGCGGCGGCCGAGGAGGAGAAGGACGAGAUCGAGGACACGCCGGACGUGAACACGCCGGUCGAGCGCAAGGUGAAGUACGAGAGCGUGGUCGUGACGGAGGUGACGCCCGAGCUGCAGUUCUACGCGCAGCACACGGACCAGGGCGCCAAGCUCGAGGAGCUGAUGACGAAGCUGCGCCAGGACUUUAAGGCGAUGCCGCCGGUAACGGGCUCGUACGCGCCGAAGCGCGGCGACAUGUGUGCGGCCAAGUUCUCCGAGGACAACGAGUGGUACCGUGCGAAGGUGGAGAAGGUCGAGAAGGGUGGCAACGUGACGAUUCUCUACAUCGACUACGGCAACCGUGAGACUGUCCCAUCGACCCGCCUUGCCAUGAUCCCGCCUACGUUCAUCUCGGAGAAGCCGUUCGCGCACCUGUACGUGCCGGCGCUGUUGCUGCUGCCGACCGAUGCUGACGAUCGUGCCGAGGCCGUGAAGGCGUUCUCGCAGGACGUACUGAACCGAACGCUCAACAUGAACGUGGAGUAUCGCAUCUCGGGCACCGAGUACGUGACGCUGGUCGACCCCGCAACAAAGGCCGACAUCGCCGAGGACCUGAUCGCUGACGGUUACUUGAUCGCGGACAAGAACAAGAAGGAUCGCAGAUUGACCAAGCUGAUUGCGGACUACAAGGAUGCCGAGCAGAAGGCCCGCAAGCAGCACAAGGGCAUCUGGCAGUACGGUGACAGCACCGAGGACCAGGCCGGAGAGUUUGGCCUCAGCCGUUAAUGGGGUCAAGCCCCACUCUCCCAGUAUGCUGUUCGGCCAAAGCGCAACCGCAGCGGUUCCGCGUGCUCCGUUCGCUCUAUCUUGUCACCUGGCCAGCCCAUUCCAACGAUGGUCGUUAAUUCUUUCCCUUCAUUGCCGAUCUGUGUAAUGGAAUGGUGCGCAUCGUAAUAUGAUGUGUGCAUCGUUCAUUCCGGGUUGUGUGAAAAAGGAAGAUGAAACUGGCCAUCUAAAAAAUGGCUGCUAGGCUCAAGAUGUCUUUCUAAGUCGGUCUGCUUGGUGCUGCGUUUGGUUGUGAAGUGUGUUGCUGUGAAUGCUGCGCCAUUCUCAAACGGUUGAACCGUUCCGAUGUAAGCGCUUCUUCACGGCGACACGCAAAACUCGGAACGCGCACGCACGCAGCAACCGACAAGAGCUGGAACCGAGAACCGGGCUGAACGCAUACAAUGAAUCAUUACACACCUGCCUAUCGAUAUAUAACAGUAAAAACUAUAUAAAAAAGAAAAACAGCUACACUAUAUAAUGUGAGAUAAAAACGAAGAAAAAAAAAAGUUGUAAAAGAAAGAGGCGGUAUGAGGGGACGCGCUCAACAACGAUGGAUUUGCUCUGGCGUUUCACAAAGCGGAGGUAGUAAGUGUUUCGUCGCACUGCCCUUUUCGGCCCUCUCGAAUGCGUGUGUCACCUUCCAGCGCAUUAUCAAACACGAGCUUUUCCUCGUGUUUCCAGAGAAGAGAGGCUGGUCGUGAACGAAAUCGGCGCGCCUAAUACUCUUUGCGGCUGUUGGAAUGCGGUUCGAUUCCGUUCACAACAACAAAACAUCAGCACACCCACACUACUCAGACGGUGCUGCGAGCAAAAACACAGAAGGGCAUCUACUGAAACAUGAGACUAGACUGGAGCAUAUAAAACAAACACUCACACACACUCACACAUUCGCGGGCGCGCCAGAGCAAUGCAUAUUUUGGUGGGCGGCUGGCCUUUUGUUAUCACGCGUUCACAUUUAGCCAUUAGGUUUGUCUUUUCCCAUUAGUAUCCACACAAAGCUAUGUGUUUAUUUUUACGAAUUACGCGUAACGCAUUGUAUCUUCCAUUUGCCUCCGAUUGUCAUAAAGAAUCUUUUGAUUU